CUCGUAUUACUUUUUAAUCGCAUUCCCAAAUCCGUUUACACGCUCGCUAACUAGCUUUGAGGCAGGCUAGGUUUGGCGCCCUUAACAGCCCCUUCGUGGUAAGCCACGCAGGUGGCUCCAAAACGUAAUACAAAAGCAGCCGCACCCACAUGGCGUCAACCGCUACCGCCCCCGCCGUCGACGAGGCCGUACUGGCUCUCGUACGACGGCACAUGCAUGCCGUACGUGUGCCGUCGUACAAUGACAAGGUCUACAAGGACGAGUGCAUGUUCAGCUACGACUCGCCCGAGUCGCCGGGGGGGCUGUACGUCAACCUAACCACCUUCCAGGGUUUCGGCGAGUCGUUUCUCCCGCUGGACCACCGCCGCAGCGGCACCGCCCUUUACCUUCAUCUGAAGCAUACCCGGGUGAGCUGCGGAGGGGGAGGGGGUGGAGCAUGUUGUGAACCCAGGAUAAAACCCCACAUCGUGAACCCCUCCGCUCCCCCUCUCCUCCCUCCCCUGCCCCCCAACCAGGUCCCCCUCCCUAAGUCCGAGGUGGAGGCUGCUCGCUCCGCCGCGCAGGCCGCCGGGCAGCUGCUGCUGAACGCACCCACCUUCCGACUGGACAAGCAGACGGAG